UUCUCCUAUUUCAUUUGUGAUCGUUAUUCGGAAAGUGCAGAGUGUUUUUGUCCAGACUAGGGAACAGAUCACAGUUUCGAAGCCGACGGUCACAAUGAAGCUCUUCAUGUUUCUGCUUCUCCUGGGUGUACAUGGCACGGCAGCAGUCAUGCACUCCUGGAAGGCCUUUUAUACAGGCAGCACUGGUCUGAGUGAAUUCCCUGAAUUUGUGGCGUUGAAUCUCCUGGAUGAUGAGGUGAUGGGCUACUUUGACAGCACGACCAACAGAUUUGAGAGCAGGCAGAGCUGGAUGAAGGAGAACCUGGGCCAGGAGUAUGACGAACGACAGACAAACAUUCUACAGGGCAACGCACAAUCUUUCAAAGCAAAUGUAAAGAUUGCAAUGGAGCGAUUUAAUCAGUCAAAAGGUGUUCACCUUUACCAGAACAUGUACGGCUGUGAAUGGGAUGAUGAGACAGAUGAGGUUAAUGGAUACUAUCAAGAUGGUUAUGAUGGAGAAGACUUUGUAUCAUUUGACCGGAAGACAGAGACAUGGACCGCUCCAACACAACAGGCUGUCAUCACCAAACACAAGUGGGACAAUAACAAAGGUUGGAUUGCACAGGUUAAGAACUACCUCACCCAGGAGUGUCCUGAUUGGGUGAAGAAGUAUGUGAACUAUGGGAGGAGCUCUCUGAUGAGAAAAGAUCUUCCCUCAGUGUCUCUCCUCCAGAAGACUUCCUCCUCUCCGGUCACCUGCCACGCUACAGGUUUCUACCCCGACAGAGCCGACUUGUUCUGGAGGAAAGAUGGAGAGGAGCUUCAUGAGGACGUGGAUAAAGGAGAGAUCCUCCCCAACCAUGAUGGAACCUUCCAGAUGAGUGUUGACCUGAAGAUUUCAUCAAUCGCUGAUGAAGACUGGAAGAAGUACGACUGUGUGUUUCAGCUGUCUGGUGUCAAAGACAUCAACACCAAACUGGACAAAUCAGUGAUCAGAUCCAAUGAAGUAAAUCCUCUCGCCAUGAUCAUCCCCAUCGUUGUUGCUGUGGUUGUUCUUUCUGUCAUCGCUGUGGUUGGAUUCAUUGUUUACAAGAAGAAGAAGGACAAGCGUCCUCCAUCUCCUGUAGAGAACAGAGAGGUCCAGGAGGAAAUGCUUCCACAAGCCUGAAUGACAAACAAAACCCUGCACUCAGUUUAUAGACACAUUUUGCACUGAAACAAGGAUCAGUGUCACCACAUUCUCCUCCAUAAACUGGAAAUUCAUUGGAUGUUCAUCAUUAUUAUAAACUGGUAGAAGAAGUGUUGGGGGUUGAGUCAGAAAUAUUUUCUGAUUCAAAGUAAAUAAAAUUUACAAAGAGGAGUCAUCAAACAAAAUUGUAUUAAGUUGUUAUGAGCAUUUAGUUUUACAAAGUGGAAUUUCCUCUAAUUAGACAUGAAUAUUUCCAGAGAAAUAAAACCUAUUCAGAUUAUAUUAAAAUCACUGAAAGCAUCUCAGUGUUCUUCAUACAAACACAAUGAAUCAGAGAAUUGCCUCCUCAUCUCAAACACAUUUAUCAUAUUUGCAGUUAAAUAUUUCUGGUUUUGGGGUUUUCUGUUAAUAAAUCAAACAAUAAUCAAUAUUGAUAAUACAGAUGCAGAUAUACAUUUAUAAACACACAGACACAUUACAUGCAUUCUCCUUUUCAUAGACGUAAACUCUGAGGGUCUGGUGAUAUAAUGACAUAAACAUGAAGACAAAAUGCUGCAAAUCAAUCAGCAGCUUCCAGAAACAUGUAAACUGCAGAGUUUCAACAUCCUGCAGUUGUCAGUGUAACUGGUCUUUCUGUGUUCCUGCUGGAGAUAAAGUGAAGCUCGUCUCUGCUGGGACUGACUCCAGUCCUCUCAGUGGACAAACAGGACAGAAAACUGAUGGAGGCAGUUUUUCAUCACUGUGGUGAUCAUCCUGAUUUGUCAGUAAUCUGUGAGAAACACAUUUCCAUCUGGUUUCUGCUACAUCAUUAAAAUGUGUUCAUGCAAUUUCAGAAUAAUAUAAAUAAGUAAAAUAAAAUUGACGUAUUUGAGGGAGUAGUACCAGUGUUUCCCAUCCCUCUACACACAGACACACACACACACACAAAUGCAUGCAUCAGUUCAGAUUUUAAUUUCCAGUUGUGUAUAUAUCGUGUGCAAAGAUUUUUAUUUGAUUCCAAGCAGGCUUAAGAUGUUUUAAUGUCUUUAAAGUUAUUCUUGAGUGUUUUUGUUUCUUUGACUAUAUCUAUUGUUUGAUCUUAUGCUUGAGAUUAGAUUUUAAUUUGAGUUAAGAUUCUUAAGUGUACUGUGAUAAAUUCUGUUUAAACAUGUUGGUAAAUAUUCUUGAAAUAUUUCUUGCUAGUACUUAGGGACAAGGUAAUUUCUGUAAACAUUUAGAAAUAUACAGCGAUGCUUAAAUCAGUUCUUGUGUUGGGUUUAUUGGAUAAUUAAGUUGCAUUGCUGUUUCAUUCCUUCGCUUUUCAAUAAAGUCCUAAAUAAUCCAAAA